AUGUCGCUCGGUCACCACCACGCCUGGCUGCCCCCAGGUCAUCUGCGGCCUCCCGAUGAUCCUAAUGACCUGCGGUCCGUCAAUGGCUACUCGAAAUCUUUUUCCGGUCCCAAGACACCCCAGAUGCGCGCCUCUGUCGGUGCCGACGGGCCUCACGCGGGCAAUUUGAUAUCGGAGGCUGAUACCGCCGCGGAGGAGGACCCGCGCAUUGCCAUGUUUCGGGAUCUGUAUAAAUGCAGUGAGGCGAAAAUAAAUUAUCUAUUCUCCAAAGACCCGGCCGCCGAAACACCUACCAGUACUGCUGUCGCGGAUGCUGGCGAGUCGGAGACCCAAGAUGCACGCGCCGAUCAGCCGGCGCCGCUUCCAGUACCCCCGAAGAAGCCCGCCAGAAAGUUGGAUGACGAUGACUAUGAUGACUACGACGAAGAUGAAGAUGAUGAUGAUGCAGAGGCUGCUGAUUUGGCUCCAUCGCCUGUCAAGGCCAAGCCUUUGAUGUCUUCCCAGGACCCCAGUGGCAUCCCCUCGCCGAGUCAUCGCCCCAGCGUCGCACCUACUGAUAGCUCCAAGGAAGUAAAGAAAGAAACCCUCGAGGAUAUUCGGAAGAAGCUGGAGGAAGAUAAGAAAGCAACUGAGGAGGCCGCCAAGCGAAGCUUCCAUACAAUCUUCUACACGCUUGAAAAUGAUAGAGAUGCCAUGUUGGACCAGCAACGGCUAGAGGAGUCCGAACGACAAGUGGAAGCCGAGAUGUCAGGACAGCCCAACGGUGGCAGCAACAAUGCGACUUCGGGCUCUGAUGGCUACGGCUCACUGAGCAGCGCGAACCUCGGCGCUUCAAGUCUGACCUUGAAGAACCUGAUCGCUAGAAUCGAUAUGAAGCGGACAAUGGUGCAAGCCUCUGACGCCGAGCUUCGAAGCUUGAUGAGCGAGGUUCGCAAGAAUCGGAGCAAGUGGGCCAGUGAGGACAAGGUCGGUCAAGAAGAGCUUUACGAAGCAGCAGAGAAAGUCCUUAGUGAGCUGAAAGCCAUGACGGAACAUUCGACCGCAUUUUUGACUCGCGUCAACAAGCGCGAUGCACCAGAUUAUUACACAAUUAUCAAGCACCCAAUGGAUCUGGGGACGAUGACCAAGAAACUCAAGGCUUUGCAAUAUAGGUCAAAGCAGGACUUUGUUGAUGAUCUCAUCCUGAUCUGGUCAAACUGUCUCAAGUAUAACACAAACCCGGAACACUUUUUACGGAAACAUGCCUUGUACAUGAAGAAAGAAACGGAAAAACUUGUUCCUCUCAUUCCAGAAAUUGUCAUCAGAGACCGCGCCGAAGUUGAGGCAGAAGAAAGGAGACUCCAGAUGGCGGAGCUUGAUGGUGCGGAAGAGAGCGAUGACGAACCCAUUAUGUCCUCAAGAGGCAGAAAAGCACCAGGCAAAUCAUCUAAGAAGGGAACGGCCCCCGUUCGGAAUACUCCCAGCGGGUCCGAGCCCCCUGGUGCUCCAGCCUCUCAACCAUCUGCUCCCGUACGUUCUGACUCUGAUGUUGCAAUGGAAGGAACCCAGAAUGGGUUCGCGACACCACCUCCUGGGAUCCCAACCCCAUCUGACCCUCUAGGAACUGGGUCUGGUUUACCUGGAAGCCAUGGCGACUCUAUGGAGAUUGAUGGAAUGAUGUCAUCGAGCAACGCACUUAGCGCUUUAUCUGCAGCUGGUACUGAAGUUGAAGAUCCUGAAUACAAAGUCUGGAAGCAAGUCACCAAGAAAGAUCGAGCCGUUAUCGCAGCAGAGAGACACCGUCUCCUCAAAGGUGACAAGCUGAACUCUGAUGAGCCGGCUUUGCUUAGGACAAAGGCCGGUAUGAGAAGAUGGUUGAGGAACCAGAAACUCAAUGCAGACAUCGAGAAGGCCCGGGAAUCGACCUCACAAGCAAUGGGGCCGGACGCCGCGGGUGAAACUCUUGCUGAGGGCAUAGAGGAAGAGGAAGAUAAAGUAAUACCCGACUACUAUGAUGUUAUGUCUGGUGUCCCUGAUCUCCCCGAACAAAUCCUUUGGAGAGAAGAUCCCGAUGGCAACGUUGUCGAUGCCUCGGAAGAAUUCCUGAGAAUUCUUCCCAAGGGUUCAUUCACCCAAGCAGACAGUAAACUUUCCCGGAAGAUGGAUGCAAAUAUGCAACAGAUGCAAGAAACCCGAAAGAUCUGCUCAAAGGUCGGCAUCGUGAAGCAGAUGCAAUUACAAUCACAGAUGUACCAAAACCAGUUCCAGAAAUAUCAACCGGAACCAUUUGUGGAGCACGAUGUUCCUCCCCAUGUUAUGAAUGAUGGAGGACCCGUGGUUUCCCCUUGGGUCUGUAAAGCUGCCAUGCAGCGGUCAGUUGCCAAGAUCUUUUAUCAUGCUGGGUUCGAAGAGUACCAGCCGUCAGCACUUGAUUCUGUCACCGAUAUUGCCUCAGACUUCUUUCAAAAGAUCGGUGAAACUUUGAAGUCCUACAUGGAAACUCCCAAAGCCCCAACCACUGACUCGCCGGAUAACAUGUCGUCAAAAUCGCAAUGGAAGCGAGCGUACACGGAGCCGGAGAUGGUUCUACAUACUCUCUCCUCUGUUGGUACGGACAUUGAAUCUCUUGAGUCAUACAUCAAGGAUGAUGUAGAUAGACUUGGAACGAAGCUUGCAACUGUACACGAUCGCCUGAAAUCUCUUCUUGCUGAACUUCUUCGGCCUGCCCUUGCGGAUGCUGGUGAAGAUGGCUCCAACGCCUUUGCGGAUGGAAGCGAGCAAUUCGUUGGUGGUGACUUUGCUGAGGAUAUUGAUGAAGAUUUCUUUGGUUUCAAGGAAUUGGGCUUGGAUAAGGAGUUUGGUCUCGCUACGCUCAGCGUCCCACUCCACCUCCUUCAGAACCGGUUGCUUAAUCCCUCUAAUGCCCAGAAUACAAGUGCUUCCCCAACCGUUACCCUCUUUACUCAACCCUCUGCAUACCCCCGUAUAUCAGUAGAUACAGUGUCAUCGCAGAUUGGGUUGAUGCAAGGGUUCUUCAACCAAAAAUUACAGAGCAACAACAACGAGCCUUUGGUUGAAGAUCUUGAAUUGCCACCGAAGCAGAGGCCAACGGCUACCCGGCCGCGCCUUCCAGCAUCUGGCAAGAUAGCACCUCCAGCUGGUCUUGGCUCAACCACGAGUCCACAAAAACGGCCACCCCCAUCUGGAGCGCCUGGACAGCCGGGCAAAUCUGGACCAUCAGAGCCUAGCAAAAAGAAAGUCAAAAAGAACAGUGGAGUCUCAAUGGGAGUUCCCGGAUCAGCUGCUGAAGGAGAAGAGUCCAUGGAUACAAAGCCAAUGGAAAAUCCGGCGUUGACGAACCUCAAGGCCAAUGAUACCAACGCAGACGAAGGCUCUGCAGUUUCAACUACUGAAAUGAGCAGUGGAAAGAGCGGAGCUGACAGCACCGCCCCUACCAGCGCUUCCAACGCUGACCAAAACAAAACAAACGAAGGCGCUGCGCCCAUGACAAACGGGACUCUGGGCGAUGCGUCAUGA